AUGAAGACUCUGUUCAAUGGUUACGUUCGUAAAGCUAGAUGUUGGCUAGAUGUGACUUCGCGACCAAAACAGGCUGCAAAGUGGACUGACUGGAGGUCCGACGUCAUUCGAGCUCGGACCAAGUAUCCAGAAUCACGCACAUGCAACGAUACAAAUGUCCUUUCUGCAUAA